UUUAUUUCUUCCUUAACUUGCAUUGCUUACUAAACAAACAUGGCAACAGCGUGUAGUGGUUAUGGUGGAGGCAUAGCUCAUUCCCUAAAUGCCAAUUUCUAUGGAAAUGGCACUCAAACCUUGAUUCUAGCUCAUGGAUUUGGCACAGACCAAACAGUGUGGCAUUAUCUUGUUCCCUUCCUUGCAUGCUACUUCAAGGUGGUGCUUUUUGAUUUGGCUUUCACCCCAAACGUGAGUUCCUCCCUUUACAAUCCAAACAAGUAUUCAAGUUUUGAUGGAUAUGCUGAAGACUUGGUUUGCCUUCUUGAUGAGCUCAACUUGAAAAAAACUAUAUAUGUGGGUCAUUCUAUGUCAGCCAUGAUUGGAUGCUUAGCUGCAACAAAGAAACCACAACUCUUUCAACGUCUUGUCCUGCUUGCUGGCUCUCCAAGGUACUUGGAUGAAGAAGGAUACGAAGGAGGUUUCAAUAGAUCAGAACUAGACAAAAUAUUUGAAUCAAUGAAGCAAAACUUCUCAGGGUGGGUACACACCUUUGCUCCAAACGCUAUUAGUGCAAACAAUCCUUCUGCAGUUGCUGAAUUUGAACAGAGUCUGCUAAAAAUGAAACCACAAGUUGCACUAAGUGUUGCUAAAACAGUGUUUCUAAGUGACCUUAGAUGGGUUCUGCCACGAGUUCAUGUGCCUUGCACCAUAAUUCAGACCAGAAAAGACCCUAUUGUUCCUCUAGCUGUUACUUCUUACAUGAACAAAAAAUUGGGUUCUCAUUCCAAAGUCAAAAUUCUUGAAACACAAGGUCAUUUUCCUCAGCUCACAGCUUACCGUUUGUUGUUGGAAGCUCUUAAGGAUUCAUUGUCAUUGAAGUUACAUUAACAAGUCUGAGCAUUGAGAUGUAUAAUUAAAAUUAAUGUUGUGAAGGCUAAAAGCAUGAUUAAAAAACAAAGGGGAAAAGAGGGUGAUAAGUCUGAAAGUUUUGCAUUGUAAGGUUACAUCUAUUAAAAUUUAAAAGGAGUGGUGUUCUGAAGAAAAAAAAAACAAACAGUUAUUUGGGAG